GGGAGAUCCCAACCUACCAUACCCCACACUCAUCUUCCCUUUUUUAGCCCUUCUCUUCCUCAUUCAUACCCUCCAUUCCCCUCUCCUCCAUCUCAAACUCCAUUUCUCCCCUUCCCUUCUCCUCCACUCUCCUCCUACACACUUCUAAGGUACUUUCUUCCUCAGCUUCAGAUGGGUCUGGUUUGAUUAUUUGAUUAUCUGAUUCCUGGGUUCUUUUUCUUCCUUGGAGUUCUUUCUGUUUAGGCUUUUCUUUCAGAUUUUGGGAUAUUCUGCCCCUCUGCUCUGUUUCUGGUGUGUUUUGGGGACAGUUUUGGGGCAAAAGAUUAGUUCUUUGACCUCUCAUUUCAUUUUUCUGGUUUUCCAUGUGGAUUUCUAGCUGUAAAGGCUGUUUCUUUUUCUAUUUAUCUCAUUUUUCUGGCCUUCAAAUUGAAAAUUAAGCUACUUGCUCUGUUUCUUGAAAAGAGGAUUUUUCAGAACAUGUUUCGGACAAAAAAACAGUUUUUGGGUUGAAAUGGGAAAUAUACGAGAUUUAGAGCUCCUGAACCGUAAUUAUUGCACUCUUUGCAAGCAAAAUUCGAAAAAAUCGAAGGCCAGAAAAAAAAAUCGAAAUUCCCUUUAUCCGGAAAAUUAUGGGUUUGCACCUAAUUUUACAAAUUAUUAAUUUUUACACUCUUACGAGUAUUAUUUAUUACAGAUAUCUGUCCAAGGACUUUCGUAACGGCACGCUGCAGAUAUUUAUUACUCCGUAAUUGAGAUAUGGGGGUGUAAAAUUAAAUUUGAACAAAAGUGGGGUGCAAACCAAAAUUUAACCUUUUCCCCUCUGCUCAGAUACACUUCAUUUGCAGGAAUUUCCCUAAAAAAAGUAUAUAUAUAUAUAAAUGUAUAUAUUACUCCGUAUAAUUUUUAUAUAUAAAUAGAGAGAAGGCUCAUGGUCAAAUUCGAUUUUGCGGAUGGGAUUCCAUUCAAAUCCAAUUUCAUAUUUAAUUACCGUUUAAUCAAUUCAAUUAUUAUAUGUUUUGCUCAUUAAUUUUACUCCGUAACUUUUAUAUUUCAAAAAAAAAUUGUCAGAUUUUAAAAUUUUUGGGAAGAUAAAGACUCUGAGCUAUCUUCUCCGCUUUUUGGAGUGAUAUAAUAGUUAAAAUCAAAACUUUGAAGCAAAGAAUUUAAUAUCUUGGACGAGAAUUGAAUACUUUCCCAUUUACAGACGAAGUAAAUCCGUUUCGGUUAAGAGUUUUUGGGGUUGGGAUUUUUUCAAAUACAGAGUAUUUACUUUUCUUUCCCGUCGGUUAAAACUGAUUGUUUUCAUUUAUGGCAGGUGAGAAGUUUUUGUAGGUAAAAUGAAUUCGAAUUACGUUGACGAAAUGGACUGCGGCAGCUUCUUUGAUCACAUUGAUGACUUGAUCGACUUUCCGCCGGAGAACGAGUGCGCCGGUUUGGGCUCCGGCGAGGGCGUUAAUUUUCCGAGCAUGUGGAAAGAGCCGUUGCCGGAGUCUGACCCUAUUUUCUCCGGCACCGCCGCCAGUUCAGCUUCUGCUCUCUCCGCUGAGCUUUCUGUACCGUACGAGGAUAUCAUACAGCUCGAAUGGCUUUCAACGUUUGUGGAGGAGUCGUUCUCGGGGGGAGGACUCACCCUUGGCAAGGAAAACUGUCGCCUGAACCCUUAUCUCCCUCCAUCAUCUCAUGCUAAUAACAAAUUGCAGGCUGCCAUCUCUAGUCCGAUUUCGGUCCUUGAGAGCAGCAGCAGCACCAGUAGCAGCAGCUCCUCCUCCUCUAGCUCGGGAGGUAUUAUGGUAGCACCCCUGAGCCCGAACCAGCGUGGCCCGCAGCGUGCACGCAGUAAACGCCCCCGGCCUGUGUCAUUUAACCCUCGGUCCGUGAUGCAACUGAUCGAGUCCCCACCACAACUCCAGAGUUUUGUGGGCCCAGAAGAGAAGAAGCUCCACUCUAAGCCACCCGCACCUGAGCAGCAGAAGAAGAAGAAAAGGAAGAUUAAAUUCUCCAUGCCAUCGGGAUUGCCUCCUCAGCAGAAGGAGGAUCGUGAGGCGGGGGUGAGAAAAUGUAUGCACUGUGAGAUAACUAAGACACCCCAGUGGCGGGCGGGUCCCAUGGGGCCGAAGACGCUAUGCAAUGCUUGUGGGGUCCGCUACAAGUCGGGAAGACUCUUCCCGGAGUACCGGCCUGCUGCUAGUCCUACGUUCGUUCCAUCGGUGCAUUCUAAUUCUCACAAGAAGGUUGUCGAGAUGAGGAACCGGUCACUGCCCGCUGUUGUGAUCACUCCAACCAUUGCCCAGCCCGAAGUCAAAUGAAAUCUAGCCGAAAAGAAGCAGAGCACAGUUUUCUUAGGCAGGAAAUUUUCCUAGCUGCAGUUGAAAGUGUUGUUAUUUGGUGUUUAAGGUUGUCCCAUAUUUCAUUGGUUCAUUGUACAGAACUGUUUGAGGGUAGAGAAACAUUACUAGCUUUUAUUGCCAUAUCUUAGCGAAAAUUGAAAAGGAAAGGAUUUAGGGGAUAGGAAACAGUUCUUUUUUUUUUUUUUUUUUUAAAUCUAGUGUUUGUUUAGGUCUUUGAAGGAUUGCGAGUAAUAGGUUGUGUCAGUCUCAAUUCUUUUGUUAGACUAUGCUUAUCUUUGAUUUUUUUUCAUCUUUUGUCUUGGUUUUCUUGUGUAGAAUAUGUUCUUUGUUUUGUACCAAUGUUACCGGGAAUUAUUUUUUGCAGUUAUGAAUCUGUUAUUAGAAAAUUCUUAAAUUGUUUAUGGACCAAA